AUGGACCUGAAGAGCGUGGAAGACUCUCUGGAAGAUCAGACGCGACUUCUGGACAACGUUCGUCGACGACGUCACGCCGCCGAGGAACUCCAGGCGUCGGUCAGGGAAGACAGAAAGCGCUUCUUCGCGGGCAUGAAGGAGCUUUCCGACGAGUGCUACCGUUACGAGUCGUUGAACGCACACCUGGCCCUUAUGCAGCGGUAACUCUCUUGGGCUUUCGGCGU